AUGAAUACUGACAAAAUAUGUGAUUCCAUCUGGACGGUUGAGCUGCUCUCGGGAAUUUUCGUCACCUGGUUGAUACUGGGACUGAUUCUGGCGGCUGCGAGCCUCCCCACCCAGCAGGACAAACAGCAGGAGGAUGGAAAAUAUGCUGCGAAUGAGGAGCAACAGCAGCAGAAGGCGUUAUCGGAGGAGAAGAAGAAGAAGGAGGAAGGAAGCCGCUUCUUCGUUACUGGGAACACCAACCAACAAAUAGUGAUCGGGAACGCUGGUUAUGUGUUGGUGGGACUCGUUAGUCUGUUCGCUCUCAUUGCGGUCAUUGCGGCAGCCUUCAGCACUCGUCGCAGGGAAGGAGGGUACCGCCAGCCUGUGCACACGAGUUACGAGGCGCCGUCCAGCCACGAGGAGAACUCUUACGAUAUUCACCGCACACUGGACGACGCAGCCAACAAGUACGACUAGUGUACCUCACCACCACAGCAGUCACCACCAGCAGCACCAUCACAGCAGUCACCACCAGUAGCACCACCACAGCAGUCACCACCAGCAGCACCAUCACAACAGUCACCACCAGUAGCACCACCACAGCAGUCACCACCAGCAACACCAUCACAGCAGUCACCACCAGUAACACCGCCACACCUCCACAGCAAUCACCACUAUACCAAAGCAAUAGUAAUCACUACACCAACACAGCAGUCACCACCACAAUGCCACAUAAAUUACCACCACUCCAACGCAACAAUCACCACCACAAGUCACAGCAGUCACCACCACACCGCCACACGAAUCACCACCACACUAACGCAACAGUCGCCACCACACCGCCACAGCAGUCACCAACACAGCAGCCACCAUUACACCAACAGAACAAUCACCAGUACACCAACACAUCAGUCACCACCUCAGUACCACUGAGAGGAGGAAUCUGUUUGAGAGGCGGGACUCAGGUACACAAGGGCACAGCUGGAAGUUAAAAGCACAGAAGAAAAGAAUCAUAAGAACAUAAGAAAGAAGGAACACUGCAACAGGCCUACUGACCCAUGCGGAGCAGGUCCAUGUCCCUCCUCCGGAUUAGACCAAUGACCCACACUCCCGGAUUAUCCCAAUGACCCACCCAGUCUGGUCAUCCCCGAUCAAGGAUGGAGCACUGCACCAGACCCAGCAGCACAAGCUAGUCAGGUCCAACUCACACUCACCCACACCCACUCAUGUAUUUAUCUAACCUAUUUUUAAAACUACACAACGUUUUAGCCUCAAUAACUAUACUCGGGAGCUUGUUCCACUCAUCCACAACUCUAUUACCAAACCAGUAUUUUCCUAUAUCCUUCCUGAAUCUAAAUUUUUCCAACUUGAAACCAUUGCUGCGAGUCCUGUCUUGGCUGGAAAUUUUCAGCACACUAUUUACAUCCCCUUUAUUUAUUCCUGUUUUCCAUUUAUACACCUCGAUCAUAUCCCCCCUAAUUCUACGCCUUUCGAGAGAGUGCAGAUUCAGGACCUUCAGUCUAUCCUCAUAGGGAAGAUUUCUGAUACAUGGGAUCAUCUUUGUCAUCCUCCUUUGUACGUUUUCCAGAGCAUUUAUAUCCAUUCUGUAAUACGGUGACCAGAACUGAGCAGCAUAGUGUAAAUGAGGCCUAACCAAGGAUAUAUAGGAAUCACAGGGAUGUCAGGAAAUAUUUCUUCAGCCUUAGAGUGGUCAGGAAGUGGAACGACCUGGACGGUGAAGUGGUGGAAGCAGGAUCCAUACAUAGCUUUAAGAAGAGGUAUGAUAAAACUCACGCAGCCAGGAGAAUGUAUAAACUUAGUAGCAGCCAGCUGUGAGACGGGGCCAGGAGCUGAGACUCGGCCGCUGUAAUCACAAAUAGGUGUGUACAGCACAAUUAUCACAGCAGCAACACAAUAGUAGUCACCACCACAGCAACACAGUAGUAGUCACCACCACAGCAACACAAUAGUAGUCAGCACCACAGCAACACAGUAGUAGUCACCACCACAGCAACAAAAUAGUAGUCAGCACCACAGCAUCACAGCAGUAGUCGCCACCACAGCAACACAGUAGUAGUCACCACCACAGCAACACAAUAGUAGUCAGCACCACAGCAACACAGUAGUAGUCACCACCACAACAACACAAUAGUAGUCAGCACCACAGCAACACAAUAGUUAGCAGCACAGCAACACAAUAGUUAGCAGCACAGCAACAUAAUAGUUAGCAGCACAGCAACAUAAUAUUGGUAGUCAGCAUCACAGAAAUCCAGCAGUAGUCAGCACCACAGCAACACAGCAGAGGUCACCCCCACACACAGCAAACGUCACCAUAACGCUACCACAACAGACGUCACCACAACACUACCACAGCAGACGUCACUACAACACCAUCGCAGCAGACAAUAUUGCAACACCACCACAGCAACACAUUAGCAGUCACCACCACAGCACCAUAGCACAGUAACCAGCUCACCACCACAACAGUCACCACCACAGCACCAUAGCACAGUAACCAGCUCACCACCACAACAGUCACCACCACAGCAGUCUCUACCACACCAACACAGUAAAUGUCACCACUGUGACCUGCUUUAGCUACUGUGACCUGUUAUAACUGCUGUGACCUGAUGGAGCUACUGUGACCUGCUAUAACUGAUGUGACCUGGUGUAACUGCUGGGACCUGGUACAACUACUGUGACCUGAUGUAACUGCUGUGACCUAGUGUAACUGCUGAGACCUAGUACAACUACUGUGACCUGGUAUAACUGCUGUGAUCUGGUGUAACUGCUGUGACCUGGUACAACUACUAUGACCUGGCACGAGGAUUUCACCAGCUGAUUUGACCCGCACGUUUUUCCACCACCUGAACGACCAUCCAGACACCAGCUGGCAUGAACCAGCUGACACGAACCAGCUGAACGUGAACCAGCUAGUCUUGACUCACCCUGACACUCAUUUCCAUGUACAUACGUAAAUAACAUAUUUACUGAUGUGUUUCAUUGGCCUGACUCGACGACCUUCUUCCCGCACUUGUUGUAAUUCCUGUAUUCUGAAUCACGAAGCGCUAAGCCCGGGUGGGUCAUUCAACGAGUGGUAGAGGCUCGAUCCUCCGUUACCAUCGCUCCUGUAAAAUCACAUUUCUUAGAGAGAGAGAGUGAUGCCUAAAAAGCAUAUUAUGUCUGUAUACUAUAGCAAAUAGUACGUCUACUACGAUUGGAGGACUGUUGAAAGACCAGGGGAGACAUGAUCACGAUAUGCAAGAUACCGAGAGAAGUUUUGGGGUUAGUGAGCAGAGAGGAAAGAGGUGAGCAAAAAGCUUAGAAGUAAUGUCUAUUUCAGUUCGGGUCCUUGCCCGGGUGGCGAUCCACAACAGGCAUCAAAUAAUGGCACCUGUUUACCGUUAGCUAAGUCAACGGGAGCAACAGGUCUAAGGAGACCUUUUCCACACCUAUAGUUUCACCAGGUAAUCGGGAUCCUUCGGCUGUG